UUAGCUCUCACGUCUAUAUUGUCCGACGCAAAGGGGUUGUUUAAUCGAGUCUACUAAUCCUCUCUUUCUUUUUCCCUUAGGUUUUAGGGUUCUUAGAUUUAUUUUUAUUUCCUUUUGUUUGCGUGUGAGGCAAGUCUUCCUUUUGCUUUUGUUUUACCCAAAAAAAGGUAUUUUCUUUUGCUAUUCGUUGUGAGAAUGUUGAAAGUCAAGAGGAUUUCUACCAUCGUGUCUAAUUACAAGAAGGAUGACUCUGCUGAUGUUUCUGUCGGUUGUGGUCGGAACUGCCUCGGAGCCUGCUGUCUUAACGGGGCAAAGCUUCCGUUGUACAUCUGCAAGAAGCUGAAAAACUCCAACACCGGAGAGAAAGUGGUUGCCAACAAUGAAGCUAGAGAGCCUCCGGUGACUUUCCUCGAGUCCCUUGUCCUUGGCGAGUGGGAGGAUAGGUUCCAAAGAGGACUCUUUCGCUACGAUCUCACUGCCUGUGAAACCAAAGUCAUCCCGGGGAAGUAUGGCUUUGUUGCUCAGUUUAAUGAGUGUCGUCACCUAAAGAGACCAACCGAGUUCCGUGUAGAUAAAGUUUUGCAGUCUUUUGAUGACAACAAGUUCAACUUCACUAAAGUUGGUCAAGAAGAGUUGCUUUUCCAGUUUGAAGCUGGUGAAGAUGAUGAAGAAGCUAAGUUCUUCCCUUGCAUGCCUCUUGACCCUGAGAAUUCUCCUAAUGUUGUUGCCAUCAAUGUUAGUCCGAUUGAGUAUGGACAUGUGCUGUUACUUCCUCGUGUUCUUGACUGCUUACCUCAAAGAAUCGAUCACAAGAGCAUGUUGCUUGCAUUUCACAUGGCUUCUGAGGCUGCGAAUCCUAACUUCAGAGUUGGUUACAACAGUCUUGGUGCUUUUGCCACUAUCAACCAUCUUCACUUUCAGGCGUAUUACUUUGCCAUGCCUUUCCCAUUAGAGAAAGCUUCUUCCAAGAAGAUGAUAACCACUGAUAAGAAAGUGGAAAUCUCAGAGGUUCUAAACUACCCUAUGAGAGGUCUUCUCUUUGAAGGUGGAAACUCUAUGCAAGACCUAUCUGAUACUGUAUCAGAUAUCUGCGUUUGCCUUCAGAACAACAACAUUCCUUUCAAUAUUCUCAUCUCUGAUUGUGGAAGAAAGAUCUUCUUGAUGCUUCAGUGUUUUGCAGAGAGACAGGCUUUAGGUGAAGUAAGCACCGAGGUGUUGGAUACUCAAGUGAAUCCAGCUGUGUGGGAGGUAAGUGGUCACAUGGUGCUCAAGAGGAGAGAGGAUUACGAAGGAGCUACAGAGGAGAAGAUAUGGAGGCUCCUUGCGGAAGCUUCUGUGUCAGAGGAAAGGUUUAAGGAGGUUAAGGAUCUCAUCUUUGAUGCCAUAAGUUGUAGUAACCAAGAGGAGGAGCUUGAAAGAACCAAAAUUCACCAGCAAAACAUUAGUGGCAGUGUAAACCAGAAAAGUAACCGAUCCAAUGGAGGUCCUGUCACAUGAAGGGCGCUUCCUCCGAGUGCCUUGUCCUCCAGUGAACAACCGCAGCUUGGUGGGUUUUAUGUGUGGUUAGAGUCUAA